GAUGUGCUGCUGAUGGGUGGAGGGGGAUGGGGGCUCUGUCAUGUGAAGGGAGUGUCCAGCCAGGAGCUGUCAAACUUUCCACCUGCAGCCCCAAGCUCAGGCAGGGACUUGGUGUGGGACCAGUGACUGAGGACUGGGGGGUCAGCAGUAGCACUAGCAGCAUCAGCAGCAGCAUCGCUCCUCCACUGAGCCUGGGCUCAUGCAUCAUGCACAGCUUGCCUAUCCUCAGCCAAUACCUCUCACCGUGUGUGCACUCAGCCAGGCUGCUCUCCAGCACAUAGCAGCACCAUAAAGACGAUCCUCAGCAACACAUUGCGCAGCCAGGGUAUCCUCUGCUGGAAUGUCCAUCUCCUCUGCACGCUGGACUUCCUGCAUACUGCGCUGGCAUUGACAAUUGGCACAUCAGACCUCACACCAGUUCAGGGGCCACCGACUCCAUCCAACUGCCCUAUCACACAAUGAAGCUGAUCAUUACAUUAAACACCCGACUCAGGUGCCAGACAAAGCGUGUCUAGGUGAGAGUCAGCAGCUUUGGGCUGCAGAGCUUACACUUCCAGAGCUCAUCUGUGGUCGGAUGCUACCUUCACAACCCCAACCUGUCCACCUAUGGGGCGCCUAGGGACUAGGUAGACUGUAACUUUAAUGACAGUUGUUGCUGUGAUCACUUCUACCUGUAGUCUUAUGCAAGAACACAUUAUCCUGGAUUUUUUUUUUGUGUUUUUAAGCAGCUUUAUGCACAUAAACGAUAGUAACUUACGGUUCUUCCCAAGGAGGGCAAGGCAGGCUUUUCAGUCGGGAAAAUAGGAAUAUACUGCGAUUUUGCACAAAGACAUUAUCUGUUCUGAUCUUCGCUAUUAUUACCUCUAGUUGCGGGGGUUUCACCACGCCCCCGCGGAUCCUUCCACUGGAAUUAUUUGGAAUUGGUUUUGUUAACUCUGCAGAGGAAGGUCGGGGAGCCGGAACGGUGUUCAGAGCUUGAGAAGAAACAUGGAGCCGUGUGAUGGGAGAACUCUGUUGGCCAGGGUUUCUUUCUUCCUUCCCUUGCUCUCCAAGUUCUUAGUCGGCUCCACUCACUUUUCUGACAACCAAGUGGUUCUCCUUGACACCACAACCGCUAUCGGGGAAUUAGGAUGGAAAACCUAUCCAGUGAAUGGGUGGGAUGCCAUCACAGAGAUGGAUGAAUAUAAUCGGCCUAUUCAUACAUACCAAGUAUGUAAUGUCAUGGAAGCAAACCAGAACAACUGGCUCAGAACCAACUGGAUCUCCCGGGAUGCAGCACAGAAGAUUUUUGUGGAGAUGAAAUUUACUCUCAGGGACUGUAACAGCAUUCCUUGGGUGGUGGGGACUUGUAAAGAGACCUUUAACCUCUACUACAUGGAAUCUGAUGAUGCCCAUGUAGUAAAAUUCAAGCCCAGUCAGUAUAGUAAGAUUGAUACUAUUGCUGCUGAUGAGAGUUUCACACAAAUGGACUUAGGGGAUCGAAUUCUGAAACUGAACACGGAGGUCCGAGAGGUGGGGCCUAUUACCAGAAAAGGGUUUUACCUUGCGUUUCAAGAUAUCGGAGCCUGUAUUGCUUUGGUGUCAGUACGUGUCUACUAUAAAAAAUGUCCGUACAUGGUGCGCAACUUGGCUAUGUUCCCAGACACUAUUCCAAGGGUGGAUUCCUCUUCUCUUGUUGAAGUUCGAGGGUCCUGCAUCAAAUAUGCAGAAGAAAGAGACACCCCCAAACUGUACUGUGGAGCUGAUGGUGACUGGCUUGUACCACUUGGACGCUGCGUCUGCAGUGUUGGAUAUGAGGAAGUGGAUGGAACUUGUCAUGCAUGUCGGCCUGGAUUCUACAAGGCAUUUGCUGGAAAUAUCAAGUGCUCCAAAUGCCCUCCACACAGUUUCACAUAUGUCGAGGCCACGACUGUCUGCCAGUGUGAAAAGGGUUACUUCCGAGCAGAGAAAGACCCCCCAGCCAUGGCUUGUACAAAACCUCCUUCAGCUCCAAGAAAUGUCAAUUUCAACAUAAAUGAAACGGCUCUUUAUCUGGAGUGGAGUCCGCCUUUCGACACCGGUGGCAGAAAGGACCUUGUCUACAAUGUGAUCUGCAAAAAAUGUGGAGCAGACAUCAACCAAUGUGAACUUUGUGGUGGAGGAAUUCGAUUUGUACCUCAACAUUCUGGCCUGGUCAAUGCCUCUGUCAUCGUCCUAGACUUUUUAUCUCAUGUCAACUAUACAUUUGAAGUUGAGGCAGUCAAUGGAGUUACCGAGCUGAGUUUGUCUGCCAGACAGUACACAUCUAUCACCAUCACAACGGAUCAGGAAGCUCCUUCACUAAUUGGCAUGGUGAGGAAAGACUGGGCAUCUCAAAGCAGCAUUGCUCUCUCGUGGCAAGAACCAGACUAUCCUAAUGGGGUCAUUCUGGACUACGAGAUCAAAUACUAUGAGAAAGAACAUGAACAGCUCAGCUAUUCCUCCACUAGAUCCAAGGCGCCCAGCGUUAUAAUCACAGGCCUGAAGCCAUCCACCAAGUAUAUAUUUCACAUUCGAGUCAGAACCGCUGCAGGAUACAGCGGCUACAGUCAUAAGUUUGAAUUUGAAACUGGAGAUGAAACAUCUGACCUGGCAGCAGAGCAAGGGCAAAUUCUGGUAAUUGCCACAGCAGCUGUUGGAGGAUUCACUCUGCUGGUUAUACUCACUUUGUUCUUCCUCAUCACUGGCAGGUGCCAGUGGUAUAUUAAAGCAAAAAUGAAAUCUGAAGAAAAAAGGCGUGCAAAUCUGCAAAAUGGAAACUUGAGAAUUCCGGGAACAAAAACGUACAUUGAUCCUGACACAUAUGAAGAUCCUUCCUUAGCCGUCCAUGAAUUUGCAAAAGAGAUUGAUCCAUCCAGAAUUCGAAUUGAAAGAGUAAUUGGAGCAGGGGAAUUCGGAGAGGUAUGCAGCGGAAGAUUGAAGACUCCUGCAAAAAAGGAAAUCCCAGUGGCCAUUAAAACUUUAAAAGGAGGUUACAUGGACAGGCAGCGCAGAGAUUUUCUCAGAGAAGCAAGUAUCAUGGGACAAUUUGAUCAUCCAAAUAUCAUCCGACUCGAAGGUGUUGUUACAAAAAGCCGGCCUGUGAUGAUUGUGGUGGAGUACAUGGAAAACGGAUCCUUGGACUCAUUCCUGCGGAAACAUGAUGGUCACUUUACAGUCAUCCAGUUGGUGGGAAUGCUACGAGGAAUUGCCUCAGGGAUGAAAUACCUCUCCGAUAUGGGAUAUGUCCAUCGUGACCUGGCAGCCAGGAACAUUUUAGUCAACAGCAAUUUGGUCUGCAAAGUUUCAGAUUUUGGACUUUCACGGGUGUUAGAAGAUGAUCCUGAAGCUGCGUAUACAACCACAGGUGGAAAAAUCCCUAUCAGAUGGACAGCACCAGAAGCAAUAGCCUAUCGAAAAUUUUCUUCUGCUAGCGAUGCCUGGAGCUAUGGUAUCGUUAUGUGGGAAGUAAUGUCCUAUGGAGAGCGGCCGUACUGGGAGAUGUCCAAUCAGGAUGUCAUUCUGUCUAUAGAGGAAGGAUAUCGUCUCCCUGCUCCAAUGGGCUGUCCAGUGUCUCUGCAUCAGUUGAUGCUCCAUUGUUGGCAGAAAGAAAGGAAUCACCGACCCAAGUUUUCAGAUAUUGUGAGCUUUCUAGACAAGCUCAUUCGCAACCCCAGCGCCCUAAACAUACUAGUCGAGGAUAUUCUGGGUUUGCCAGAGUCACCAGGGGAAAUGGCAGAAUAUCACUUUUUUGUCACAGUCACUGAGUGGCUAGAUUCUAUCAAGAUGGGUCAGUAUGCCAGUAACUUCAUGGCAGCCGGGUUCACAACGCUGGACCUAGUUUGCAGAAUGAGCAUUGAUGACAUCAGAAGAAUCGGAGUAACGCUCAUUGGACACCAGAGAAGAAUAGUGAGCAGUGUACAGACUUUACGAUUACAGAUAAUGCAUUUACAAGAAAAAGGAUUUCAUGUAUGAAAGUAGUAGAAGCAACUGUUUUGUGCCUCAGUAUUUCUUUACCAGAAGAUAUUCUUACUCCUCAUAUUGGAUUCUCCCUCUCUAGACUUUGGAACUCUUCUUAAGAGAAAAAGAGAAAGAGAUCCUUACACUUCUAGACUGAAGUUUUUGAACACUUUACAUAGAUAUGUCUUCAAGUUACUGACAAGUAGAAUCCUGGGCCCCACAGCAAGACUUCUCACAUCUUAUGAGUGUUGCGGCAUGGGUGUGCGGCGUUGUGUGACAACCUCUUCCAUUGGUUCAUGAACUCUGUAGCAGUUUUGGCCAAGUUUAGCUUUCAUCUGGUGUAGCAAAACUAAAUGGAAACAGUUUAAGUGGCUGCAGACCUGUUUUUGAAAUAUUGUAACUAUUAUUAUAACAUAUUGGUUUUAAAAAAUAAGAAAAUAGCAACUAUUUUCAGUGAACAUUGGAUUUAGAGAUUAAAGUGUACCUGUGAUUUACAUUAGAGGCAGCCAUUUUGUUCAUAACUUCCAAUGCUGCUCUUUGUUAGAGAUCAAGUUUUGUGAAAUCCUGGAAGGUACACUACUAAAUCACAAAGUUUUCAGUUUUCAUAAUCGAUAAUACACUCUGUUUAAUAUAAAGUCUAAAGGACACAGACAAUUUUGAAUUCCCAGGUUUCAGUAGGAAAUGUCAUAGAUUAAUUCUAGAAAACCUAUGAUUGAUUAAUAAUGAGACUCUGUCACUUUGCCGAUAAAGGCCAACACGUUUUCCUGUAAGAAAAGCCCUGUGCUACCAAGUGAUACCUUUCCUGCAUUACCACCACUCUGUUCUUCCUCAGAACUGGGAAUCCUAACACUGCGCAAAGUUUGUGUUGGUCAGUAUGAAAUCUUACACAGGGUUAAUGAUCUCCUCCCCUCUUUUACAUGACACUGUUCAUGUCUGGUGAUUGGACAUUCAGACCUGAACACUUCACCCUGGGAAAAAGAAAGAGGUCACAUGUUCCUUCAUACCCAGGAAAGCCAAAUAUUUUCUGAGUUCUCCAACUUUAGUUCCCCAAAUAGCCGAAGUGACAGAUUCUCUUUUAGUGAAGCAAUAGGCUUCUUAUAGGGCAACCUCUACAUUAAAGUGAAGCCCUAGCUAUCUGAACAAAUCGCAGCAUUGUGCCUCUGUGCAAUUGAUCUUUGUCACACUGUAUUGUAUAGUUAACACCAUAAAAAGCCCAUUUUUUAUUUGUUUUCUAAUUGCAAAUUACCGUAACAAUUUAAAAUUGCUUUGUGACUCUGGUUUAAAUUCAUGAUAUUUGUGGGAUCCUCAUGUAUAAGAAAUUCUAAAAUAACAUGGUCCACAAGGAGAAAGCCUUGGAAAUUAAAGUAGCUAAAUUUUACCAAAAUCGGGUCACUAAUAAAGGAAAAUGAAGUCCUGAAUAUUAAUUGGCUCCAGUUUCCAAGACACAGCUUCAGGUCAAAAUUGCAUCAAAAUAAUUCAAAAUUACGAGGGGGAUGUGUGAUUAUGCUCCAUAACUUUUUUGUAAAAUGUGAUGUAGCAAUGAAAAUGGUGCCACACUUUUCAUUAUAAAUGUAUCUUUUUAUUGAUACCAAUAACAUAACUUUCCAUUCAUUCAUUGUUUUUUCAUGUCAAAUUCCCUUAACAUCAUUGGGGCUGCAAAAGGCAUGGACUUUUUCUUCUUGUUUAGCCAAUGACACAGAUAAGUUGCACAUGUAAUGCAACAAUAAUGAGGGGUCCAACUGUUGACCUGAUCCCCUAUUUUGCCUCCAUAAUAUAGGUGGUAUGCCAUCAUACUUUAUUUUUGAGAUGCAAAUGGAACCUCGCCACAAAUGUAUUAGAAGUUAUCUGCGAAGUAUCACCCAACUGUUCCUAGGAAAUGUUAGGCAAUGACACUUUCACAAGCCACCAAAUGUAACUGUAUGAUGCGUUGAUCUGACCAAGACAAAUGUACCUUGCAAUAAAAGUAAACUACAGUUAGUCUCAAAGUGAAGAUAAAUUCAUACACUUCCAUGUGGUACCAUUUUCAUUGUUCUACCGUACUUUGUCAAGAAGGUAUGAGGCAUCACGAUCAUCAGACACCUCCCUCCCUUGUAGGCAAAUAUACUCACCUGUGUAUAAAUGUUUAUUGUGAAAUAUCUUGAAAACUUUAACCAACAGCACCUUUAUCACCUGUUGUCUAAUUCAUCUAAUCAAAAUGUGUAUGAAUUAGCACAUUUUAUCUCAGAGAUCGAUAGAUUUCCAAAAUUUGUAGACCAGUGUAAUUAUCCUUCUUCAAUAAGGCAGUGAACACUGGUAAUUCACAAAGUACAGUAAACCAUUGCGACCAAUCUGGUUUUACAAUCCACCUUUUCCGAACUGUUACAGUAAUUAAAGUAGACCACUGAUUGGUAGCUUUGUGUUACUGAACUUUGGUAGUGUUAUUUGCUAUAAACAUAAGCAUGAAUGUGACUGCUGCCCAUUUUAAGCAAUCUAUCUCAGCUGUCAGCCAUUCUUUUACUAUGUGUUAGCAAGUAAACAUAAAUAUCUCGUUGCUAUCAGCAACUUUAAUCUUAGACACUAGUAAUACACAGGGCCAAUAGUGUUUAAAGUUUAAGGUGGCCAUACUUAUAGCGAUGUGUGAUUAAUUUGGAUGCGCACAGUUUCAAACAAGUGUCCUCUUAUCUACUUAAAUAUUAAUUAUUGCAGAACACAGUAAUCUACAAGUUUUUUAUCAACUAAAAAUACUGAUUGAAAAUACAAUCUAACAGUAUAAAUGUAAACAAUCUAUUAAAAAUGAUAAUUUAAUUGAUCUAAAUUAGAUCACUUCUCCAAUCAUGUAUGUAUAUUUGCUCAAGCGAGCAAUGAUAUCCCACCAUAGCCAUCUUUUGGUAGAGUCAAAAUCAAUCAAGUAAAUAAUUGAAAAUCAUAUCACCACCACAGAGUGGUGCUGUGGAUAUAAAAACUAGGUAAAACAAUGCCACUUCCUAUAAGUUGAGUUUUAUAAGAUAAGUUGGCAGAUGAUGGCAGACUUUAUAGGCAUAACACAGAUGUGUAUAAAAAAUAAAGAUUUAUUACAAAAAACAUACAAAACAAAUUACAUUAAAAUUCAUUGACUAUUUAUAAUUGUGCUCGGAACAGAAAUAACACACCACCUGCAUAGCAGAUAUAUUAUAGUAUACUUAGAAUAGAGGACUCAUAGGUCACUCAGCUCGACAUGUUGUGCGUAUUCAAGAGACGCUUCUUCAGGAGCUUAUGGCGUAAUGGUUUUAAAAUCAAAAAGGUAGAAAGUAAAUGGAAAACACGGUCAACAACACAGCUGGAAAUGUAGGGAUAUAUCCUCAAGUGGCUUCAAGGCCAAUAUGUAAAACAAACUCACAAAGGGACCUUCGGAAGAUUUGGUAGUAGCGUAUAGGACCAGUAAGGAUUGCUGAUGGGCAAAUGUUAUGGAGCUUAUGGAUUAAUCAGGGGAACCCCCACUAAUUGUAUAUCUCUAUUGUCCAUAUAUUUACGUUCCCAAGGGCCAUCGUUCCUAGUGAGCAAUCCCCUGCAAUUCUCAGUUUUAAGAUGACAGUCUCUGGUCGUGAUAGAGAUGGCUAUUUCUGUUCCGAGGCACAUUUAUGAAUAGUCAAUGAAUUUUAAUGUUAUUUUUGGUUUACAAUUUUAAUUCAAUUUGAUCAGUUUAGUUACAUCAAAUGAUUGAUUGAAUGAUCAUAUCAUAAUUUGUCUGGCCACCAUUAGAUAUAAUAUAUUUCUGACUUUUAAUGUAUUCACACUUCAGACCAGUCUACAAAAAGUCCAGAGAUAUAGAUAAAAGACCAUGUACACAAAUCCACCCAAAGACCAUCUCUUUUCCAUCAUACCCUUUGUCAUAAAUGGUUGGAAAAAGAAAACGAGACAGAGCGCAAAGUAGGACAUCAUAUGGAACUAUUGUUCUCCAUGUAAAACUCAACUUCGCACAAAACCUGCAAUGGAAGGAUUUCAGAAAACAUAAGAAAAAACACCAGAAAAAAAAAGAUUUUGCACACUUUUCUUAUGUUUUCUUCACUGUUUUUUGCAACCUUGAUACAUUUUUGCAUGGAGAACAAUUCCUCUUUAUAAUCUCCUUCUUUGUUCUCCCGUAUUAAUAUUAAAUUAUGACAGGAUGGGAAUGGAGAACAAUCAUGUGCUCAUACCCCAAGGUUUACUUUAAGAUUCAGUCACUUAGUACAUAAACUUACAAAAAAUAAGCAGCUAAUGUUCGUCAAAUCACAAUUCAGCAGAAUACUAGAUAUGUGAAAAGAUAUAGUGAGAUUGUGUGUAUGAUUAAGUGAGCUCGAUAACAAAGUGUACUUCCUGAGGCCCAGGAUUGAAUUGUCCAUAUAAUCAAUACUCUAUAUUCUUGUACUUUUACAGUUUAGAACCAGAAAAGAAAAAAAUCUUUGUCUUCUAGUGUUUUUACUUCAUCUAUGCCUCUCCAGAACUUUCCAGAAAAAAAAAAAUGUUGUAAGAAUGGGAGUUUUGGUAGUACUAUAAGCAGCUGGUUGAGGACAGCACAGAUAGGACUUACCUCUCUUGUGUUUUCCAGAGACUAUAUAAAAGCACAUGGUAUACUAGAGAAUAGGAAAUAGAUUAUAUAUAAAUAUAUAUAUAUAUAUAUAAAUGUUUUAGUACUCCAUGUUUUAUUUUCAUGUAUUAUUAUGGCAGACAUCUUUCUUGAGUUUGCUCAGAACAACCUUGCUUUUUUUUCUCAUGUACAGUGGCAUAUAGUGCCUUUCUACAGGGUCUGUCAUAAUACCACAAUUGCUGCUUUUGAAAGGCCCAAUAAAAGUAAUCUUGAAGGUC